AACGCAUGCUCAAAUUAGUUUGUUAGUGUCAGACCCUCCCACUUUUGAUUUAAGCGAAUCAAAAUUGAUUUUAAAUAUUUUGGCCUUGCGUGAUUGGACCGUUCUCGACUUUCAAGGGCGUUCAAACGAAGACAAAAUAAGGAUGAUGGAGCUUGGGAGUUGGCUAGCUGGAUGUGAUUUUGUUUGCAGAUUCGAUGUGCGCUCACGCGUGACUCGCACUACUUCAGUUUGAAGAAGAUGUCAGGCCCGACCCAGGCACAGAGUCAGGAGCUUAUUCCUGGAUGUUCAACACCUCGGUCUUGUGAGUUCGUUUCUGUGGCCACAGGUUCGGCUCACAGGAAGAGAGAGAUGCAGAGGUCAGAUGAUGGACGUCCGUCCACUUCAUCCAAACACUAUCGCAUAGGCCGCUUCAGAUGCAGGAGAGUUGUUUCCAGGAGCAGUAACAACAGAUCUGAGAGCCAACAUGAACCAGGCAGUGACGGAAACAGUUUGUCCAGAUGCGACAGCUUCCAGUGGAUGUGUCCUCCACUGCCUGGUCAAGUUCCCGUCGAGCCAACCGACAUUUCUAAUGUCCCGACUGCUCAUGGUGCCGUGGAGGCUUCACCUGUGAACAAGAGCUCGACAGAAAAACCUACAAAACGAAAGAAGAUGAAAAGAAUUUGUUCAUUCCUCAGGAACGCGUGGACGGCUGUAAAGAGUCCGUCCGGCUGCUGUUCUGACAGUAAAGCUGUGGAUGUUGUGGAGCCUUUCGUUCCUCCACUAGAUCUGGACUCGGAGCCUGAUUCUGAUCCAGAUCACUCCGACAGCCUCAACAGUAGUGUGUCCAGUUCCGACAGCCUCAACAGUAGUGUGUCCAGUUCCGACAGCCUCAACAGGAGUUUGUCCAGAUCCGACAGCUUCCAAGAGGGGAUCUGUCCUCCACCGCCUAGUCAAGUUUCCAUCGAGCCAACCGACACUUCUAAUGUCCCGACUGCUCAUGGUGCCGUGGAUGCUUCACCUGUGAACAACAGCUCGACAGACUCCUUCAAGUCUCUCUAUAACGCGGGAGAGAUGAUUGGAUGCGGAGGAUACGGAAGAGUGUUCAAAGGAACACGGAAAUUUGAUGGCAAAAAGGUUGCUAUCAAGCGGAUGCGCAAGACUUCCGAGGAUCUUUAUCUCGCUAUUCCUGGGCAUCCCAAACCUCUCAUUGCAGAAGUGGCUGUGCUGCUAAUGAUGAGGGAAGAACCCGUAAGCCCGUACGCCAUACAACUACACGAUUGGUUUGAACACCCUCGAAAAUUCACCCUGGUGAUGGAGUAUCCCGAACCCUGCGAGAGCUUGCUGGACUUCAUCUAUGAUAAUCCUCAACUGGACGAAUCAACAGCACGGCUCAUCAUGCGACAGGCUGUGCAGGCAGUGCAACACUGCAUUGAGCAUAAUGUCUUUUACAAUGAUAUUCAUGCGGACAAUUUCCUGGUGAAGAAAGACACUUUAGAGCUCAAGCUGAUCGACUUUGGCUCUGGACAGAUACUUAAUAGUGAUGGGUAUGACAGCGACGUUUACAUUGGAGUAAAGUUUUACUUCCCACCUGAAGUCCUCACAGAGCCUUGGUUUCACCCCGUCCCAGUAAAUGUUUGGGCUCUAGGAGUGUUGUUGUACGAGAUGGUGAACACAUGUCCUCCUUUUCAGAAUCCAAAGGAAAUCACAAAAGCCAAAGUUAGAUUUCAGAAUGCCAACUUAUCCAACGGGUUGGACACACCAUCCAGUCUAUAAAGAACACUGGUUUAAAUGCAGGAUUGGAUGGAUAUCAUCCUGACAG